UGUUACGCCACGCUGACGCUGUAGACGUCGUGACGAACCAGGAAGUAAACAACGAAGAGGAAAAAGAGAAGAUGUUAUGCGGUGUUGGCCGCCGCAUAGAGCAUAUAUUGCGGGUUUUCUACUUUUUAAUGGCUAAAUGAAUCAUGUGUUUGUGAGGACAUGGGGGCAGCUAGAGGAAGGCUGAACCCUGAUUUGGCUAUGUUAGCCAUCAGGUCUUCAGAGGAGGAGACCGCAGAGAUAAUGGAGGACAUGGACACCUCAGACCCAGACUGGAGCUGGUUCUACUUGGCUGAAUGUGGAGUGUGGCACAUGUUCGAGAUUGACCCCAGUGCUGCAUGUUCUGUCACCUGUGCUCAGAUUGAGCAGUGCUACAACAGAAACCAGAGAGGUGUGAUGGAGUUCCGCACUGCCAAGUACACAUACAGGCUGGACUUUUCAGUCAUGCGACAGAUCAAUGUCACUACCGGAAAGCAGCGGCCAAUUAAGCGUUCCCUCCACUCUGCCACUGGCUUUAGAUUUAUCUGUGAUAAUCUAGCUCUACCUGUGCCCUGUCACUGGGAGAGAAUCAACACAGAUGAACCCUAUCAGCUCAUCCAGCUUAAAAGAGACACGUAUGAGUUUAAAGAAGUGGCCAGACUGUAUGAUCGAACAAUGAACCAUCCAAUCAAAUCUAUCCAGAGAAUUCAGAACAUGGACUUAUGGGAAUUUUUCUGCAGGAAGAAAACACAGUUGCGAAAAGUCAAGCGCAUGAUGGAUAUCGAGGAGCGAAUGCUGUUCCACGGCACGGGACACAGCAACAUACAAGCAAUAUGUACAUUCAACUUUGACUGGCGGCUGACGGGAAGCCAUGGAGACCUGUAUGGAAAAGGUAGAAAACAUGUCAAUUGUUGCUGCUUUGUGCUGUUGAAAACUACUGUUCCAGCCUCCCUCGCAUUUCCUUCUCUCUUCUCAGGAAGCUAUUUUGCACGGGACGCCAUUUACUCCAGUAAGUUCUGCCACACCACGGGAAAACACAACAACACGCUGCAGAGGCACGGACUCGCACCACCAAUAUUUGCCAGCGAUCCUCCCUACAAGACAAUGUUUUUGGCCAGAGUGCUGGUUGGGGAAUACACACAAGGUCAGUCUAUGUACUGCAGACCACCCUCUAAGGACGCCAGCUUCACUAACUUUUACGACAGCUGUGUGGACGAUAUUGCCAAUCCAAAGAUUUACGUCAUUUUUGACAGCAAUCAGAUUUAUCCUGAGUAUCUCAUCGAGUUUUACUGACAGCAAGUAGAAUCCCAGGAUCAGCAAUAUCAACGAUGCAGAGUGGGGGAAUGGGGUAACAUGAAAGAGUAGCAAUUAAAGGUACCCUUGUUGCUUUUUUUUUUGUAGUUGGAUCCAGUGCCUAACUGGAGUUAGAGCCAUCUGAAGUGCCUUUAGAGAAAAGUGGAAUUUCACAAGAACAAUUUGGAAUAUUUUAUGUCCAAUUUGUGUUCUGUACUGUUUCUUUAAAUACCAAUGGCUUCAAUGGGAAGAUUUGAGGAGUUUGGGUCGAGUACUCAAAUGUCCAAGUGAAAGUCAAAACAAAUCUGUGGAUUAUGUAAAAGCAUAAGUCAUGGUCACGGCUUUAGUCAGAGAAUGGUUGAUUUCAAGUAGAUUCCAAGUCACAUGACAAGUGGAGCUGGAAUUGUUGACCAGUUGAGUCCGGACUACUUUAGUACUCAAGGUUUCAAGUCACGCUCCAAGUAAUGGAAGAGAAGACUGAGUCACGUCCCCCCAGUCAAGUGGAGUCCAGUAGGAUUAUUGGAGUUUUAGUCUGUGUCAUCAUUGACAAAGUCGCAGUCGAGUCAGAAAUUCUGGACUUGACCAUACUGAUCACGUUUGUGUCUGUACAUCAAUUUAUUUUUGAUGACACGCAGACACUGUACGGACUGCAUUUUCCAGUCCCCUCUGCAGCCACAUACAAACGUUAGCUGAGGUUAAAGCAGCUCUUUUGCACAUGAUCCUGUUUGCAUUUUACUAAUUUCAACACUGUGGUCAACAUCCGUGAUUUUUUUUUUUGUUUUAUUUAGGGCAUGUUUUCCAUUCAGAAAAAAAAAAUACAUUUCUACCUCCUUUACUUUUAACCUGGCAUCUGUCUGUUCUUUCUGUCCUUUCUGAGAAAGGUUUUUGUAACUGUGUCACAGUGACAUAAAUUCCUGAUGUCAUGCACACUCGUCCUCCCACAGUAAUACUGUACGUAUUUAUGUCAGAGAUGCCAAUGAGAUUUGGUAACAAAGUGCAAGCCUCAGCAUUUCGGUGCGUGGCAUCUCCCCGGGG